CUUGAAUGUGUUCCGGCCACAAUCAUUCUGUCUUCAUGUCAACAUCACUGUGCUUUUAGAUCCAACUCACCCGCUCAUCACUUGCCUCACCCUGUAACCUCCCUUCACCGCGGGGCCGGCUGCUCUUUUAGUAGCUGCGACUUCCACUAAUUUACGAUUAUUGUCACCGUCUCCCUUUGUCAACCGCCACGAGCCACACCUCCCUUCCAUCCUUCUUCUUCAACAUCCCUCCACAUCCUUCACACCUACACAGCAAUGGCAGAAGUCCAAAGCCGCGGAAGCGGCCUAAGAGGUCGUGGCGGAUUUAGAGGUGGCAGAGGUGGUUUCCGUGGCACUCGCAAUCCUUCGAGAUCACAACACAAACCAGAUCACGACCAAGAGAACCUCCCUCCCGCGCCGCUAGAAGAUCAGGGUGAAGUCGGUGAACUGCUCAAGAAGUUUGGCGACAAGGUCCCUCUCCUCAAAGAAAUCUGUCCCGGUUGGAGCGAUGAAGAUUUGGUCUAUGCCUUGAACGAAACCGACGGCGAUGUCAAUGCUGCUGUUGAUCGCAUUUCAAGUGGUACCAUCUCACAAUGGGGUGAGGUCAAGAAGAAACACCCCAAGCCCAAAGAGAUUCCUCCCGCAUCAACCGACGCUUCUACUCGGGGUCGUGGCCGUGGUAAUUUCGAAGGUCGAGGAAGAGGUCGCGGUGCUGAACGUGGUGCUAGAGGUGGCCGGGGUGCAAAAUCAGUCUCUGCCGCACACACAAAUGGUACAAAACCCGCACAGACGACUGACGGCUUGGAUUCUGCCACCCCCGCUCCAGCGGACGCUGCUGCGGUCGACACUGCCCCGACAAAUGGUGAUGCGACAGCCACAGAGAGUUGGCCAAAUGAGCCUGGGAAGGACUCACUCACUUCUUUGCAAACCGAAGAGCCCAAGCCCGCUUCCGCUGCAGCGCCAGCUACCGCCAAACCCGGCGGGUGGGCUGGAUUGUUUGCCAAACCACCCCCUGCUCCAGCUCCCAAGAAGGCUCCCGCACCCCCUCCCCCUGCUGUUGCGCAGCCUGAACAACUACCAGUUGAACCCGAGCCGGUCAUCGAGGAGCCCGUACCUCCUACUGAGCCAAUCGCCCCGCCCCCGAUCGAAGCGGUGGAUUACAACCAAGAAGGACCAAGUGAGCUGCCAUCCGCGCCGCAUUCGGACACAGGAAAAGAUCUAACACCACCUAAAGAUGAACUCACAGAACAGAAUCUGGAGAAGCUCCCAGACACGUCCCACCCCAUUGAAUCUGCCACUGCAGCUAGCACCGUCGCAAGCACCCAAGAUCCACUCGCUGCACCGGAAGCUUCCAAGACCGCCGCUCGACCAGUCUCAGGUUACGCUGCCACCGCGUUGAAAGCCACCGGAGGCACCAGUCGAUCUGCUAGCUUCGCGAGAAAGGUUAUGGAGCAGCAAGAGGCAGUAGUUAUGCCCGGCAAUCACGCCAUUGAAAAGGCGGCUGUACAAUUUGGCAAGUUGGGAUUGAACGGACCGGAUGAUAUUGAUGUCGACGAAGACAGAGAGGAGCCGGAGACACGUACUCAACUUCCAGACGACUCACCCGCUGCUCCCCGUGCUUCAUUGCCUCCAGCUGUGCCCGAAGCCCAGCAAACACCCGCUGCUGCUCCGACUCAACCGCUGGCCGAGGCUUCAGCGACUGCUCAACGACAAGCACCUGGCCUGCCUUCCGCCCCCCAGCCGGCUCACGAACCGUCACCUCAGACUUCCUCGGCGUAUGCAGAGCAGUACAGAUAUGGUCAAGGCCAGAAACCGUUCGAUCCCUUCGGUCAACCUCCAACCACUCAGGCCCAGACUCAAGAGCCCUUUUCCAACCAAGUCCCGAGCCAACCUAGCACGGCGACCUCUCAGCCGGACUAUUCUUCUUACUACGGUCGCGACGCUUACAAUUACUAUGGAUAUGGCCAUGGGCAAGAUGCUCAACGUUCUGGCAGCACGUUUGGUACUUCGGCUCCGGACAGUCAAGGGCAGUAUGCCACGUCACGUCCCCAACACGGAAUGGGUCAACAGGAAGCACAAGGCAGUGGACAAAAUACUCCGGCACCUGGCAUUCCCGGUCACCCGACCCAGCAACCUUCUGGUCACAUGCAGCAAAAUCAAGGUCAUGGAUAUCCUGGUUACGGCUACCCGAGCGCAUACAACCAACAGUAUCCUCAGUAUGGUGCCAAUUAUAUGGGCUCGAUAAACCACCGUUACGGAGCGAAUCGACCCAUGUUUGAUGAUGUACGACGUCAAGAAAACGAAUACUAUGGCAGUCAAUACAAUUAUGGUGCACAAAACCACUAUGGCAAUACGUACAAGUCGAACAUGUAUGGACAACCUCAGCAAGGCUACUCCUAUGAGCACUCGUCGUCCCCGGCGAAUGUCAGCGGUUUUGGGCGAGAGGGUGGUUAUGGUCGAGCAGGGUCGGCUCAGCCUUCUGAGGCUCAGCAGAGUGCUGCGGGCAGCACCAGCUUUGGUGGCAUGCCUGACCCGUUCGGACGUUCAUCCUCCAGCUUUGGACAGGCUCAGGGUUUGGCUCAGCAGCAUGGGGCUCAUUCCGAGGACCCCGCCAAACCGUCAGGACCAAGUCCCUCGAUGCAAGGUGGCCGCCCUGGAUCUGCCGUGAACAGCUUCCCCGGUCAGCAGCAAGGUGGCUUGCCUCCUCCAUCGCAGCACUCGGGUCAACAGGCUUUCGGCGCGUAUCCUCAAUAUGGAGGUGGAUUGGGCAGCGGCCACCAAAACACUCAUCAGAACACUGGAUACGGAGGCUAUGGCUCGAAUACUGGAUUCGGCACUUAUGGCGGAUACGGUGGCGGCCGAGGAUGGAACGGCAGCUAUGGUUCUGGCCAUUAGUGCAUGGGUGAAGUAAAACGACACGAGCCUUCAGCAACAUCGUCUCUCCUCUAUUUUAUCUCACGGAGUCGGGCAUUCGAUUCUUCUGCGAAAGGAAAAAAUGGCGAAAAGCACGGACAGAAUGUCGAAAACUGUUAUUGCGUCGAGACCAUGCGCCUGUUGCGGGGGAAAGGGGUAUCUGAAUUGCCCGGUCUUUUCUUCAUUAAUUGCGACUGUACUUGUACACAAACAAAUUCUUGCCGGCAAAAGGCUGAUAGCAUUGAAGGAUGGAUGAAAGCAACACUAGGUCUCUGGGAGGGUGUGCAUUCCCGAAAUUGUCAUCAUGGAUAGGAAGGGAGCAAAAAGUGAUACGUGAUAGUACCGGCAAGGGAGGCCCGGGGGGUUUUACUGCAUGGUGGCAGCAACAGCCCCGAAGGGCACUGUCUGAGUUGAAUGGAUCAAUGAAAUUCCCGACAGCAGUAGAGAGAGGUGUCAUGUCGUAUCCUGUUCUGCCGUUGGUGAUGUUGCCGCCGUCGU